UUCGAACGCGACCUGACGCUGUCAUUGGUUCAAGGGUGACACAAGCUGUGCUCGUUUCACCUGCCUCCUCCUGGAGCUAUGCUCGCAAUGCAGUUUCUAGGCCUACUUUUAAGCACACAUGUGGCAGCAGCAGCAGCCAAGGGGAUGAAGUUCAUGGCGCCCAGUGCGCCAGUGAGCCACGAGGCUUUGAUGGCUUUGCUGAGUGAGAAGGGGCAACCCUUGGAUCCCAUGGUGUCCUCCCUGGCAGCCAUGGCUGAAUCGAUUCAGAAGCAGGAUCCCUCCUCUCGGGAAGAGUCAGUGACUUCCAUCAAGAAUUUGCUGAAGGGACUGUUGGAUAGCAUUUCGAGUCAGCACAGCAUCGCGCAGAAAUCCGUGACGAAUCAGAGCGCCUUCGUCAGCUGCAACGCCAUGAAGACGGCUGACAUGGCACAUGCGGAGACCAUCAAGAAAGAAAUCAAUUGGACCGAUACAAGUGCUGCGUACUCAACGUGCCAAGGGGAAUUCGAGGCCCUGAAUAGCACCUGGACUAGCUGUUUCCACCAGGAAGAGAUGUUGGCGGUAGCAGCCACGGCCAAGUGUGAGUACUUCAAGUCGGUGGAUCGGACCAGCAACUUUCAGUCGUGGUUCUGCCAUGAGGAUGACUUUCCUGCGAGCGGCACCUAUGAAGCCUACCUUCAGCGGAAUAUCGACAUGCUGGCAGACUUCAGGAUGAGACAAGCCAACUGCACCAAUGCCACAGCGGCGCAUACCUCGAAGCAGUUGGAAUGCUCUGGAUAUCAUCAGCAAGCCGCAGCCAAGGAGGUGAUGUGCGCCCACCUAACCCCCAUGGAGAAGCCUGCGGAUUGCAGCUCUUAUCAGGCCAAGAAACAGGUCCAUCGAAAUCAAACCAAUACAGCAUGAAAGAGGAUGCGCCUGUGACUGCCUGUGGUUGCCAUGUGCAGUCCAACGUGCCAUACACGUUCGCAGGAAUCCUUGCCAUUUUUUCUGUUUUCCAUUGAAACCAAAUCGAAUCAGCACGCAAGAAGAUGUGCCCAACUGCGCUGUGCACAGAAUCCUGCGCAGCAAUCCUUGCCAUUCCUAUGAUCCGCAUUUUCGAUUUCCGCCAAAGCGUGAACGAUUCCGAGACUUCCGCUAUUGCCUCUCAGAUCAGAAGCCUUCUGACACGGGCCGCAUCAGCUGACCCAUAAGAGCAUUUCAGCGCUACGUUGUGCGCCCAGUGCAGCUUGGGAUAUUUGGAAGAUUGUGCGCCUCAGUUUGAAAA